AUGGGAGGCCAAAGAGAGUUCGAUGAGCUCGAAUCGCAGUUACUUAGGCUCAAGUUCGCUGGGGAGCAAACCGAACAAGAAAUCCGGACACGACAAAUAGGCGAAACCGCAGCUGGAAAUAACUUUGUUCUAGUUCUGAUCAAUGGCCAUAGCCACCAUCUAAAUUCUAUCCCGAAGUUCCAAGACGACCUUUUACGGGCAAACGGCAAAGGUGGCGCUGAAGCCUCGCACCUGCUGGACACAGAAAUCCGCAAAUAUGUAUCGAAAACCUUGAUGAUUCCAGAGGCUUUCCACCUGAUAAUACGCGUCUAUGUGGACCUAAAAGAACUAUCGAAGGAUGCAUGGAGAGCCAAAUUAGUAGACGCCACACCGCGCGCUCUUGGGUCAUUCGCGGGUAGCUUUUCCAAUGCGUUUGGAUUCUUUGACUUCAUUAAUGUAGGAAAUCGAAAUGGCGUCCAGACAAAGAUUCAAGAGGCCUUCAAAUACUACGUCAAAGAUCCGCUAUGCCAGCAUAUCUUCCUUGGCCCACCCUUCACCGCUUCUUACAACGACUUGUUGAAGACCCACAAUGGCAAGGCCACCGUCAUUCGAGGUGAUUUAAACAACUUCCAGCCUCCUGACUGUAAAUUUGUGUCGUUUCCAUCCGUAUUCCGUAUGUCGAAGCCGCCAAUUCUCCAAAGCUUUCCCACAGGACGUAAUGGACGCCUCGCCACGGGCAACACAAGCGGACAUCAUAAUGGUCAAAUGUGCAGAGAUUCCCAAAAGUUAACAGAACCUCGACUCGAACGUCCUCUGUACCUCCGAUGGAGGGAACAGGUUCGGAAAAUGCAGAAACAUCCUCCAUCUCGCAUGCCCCUCCCUCGCUGGGGCGUUCCCGGCAUGAUUCCUCUAAACGCUAACAACGAGCGCCUAGAUAUCUCUAUCCGAACCCCUACAGCAACUGGAUGGAACAUCUACAACACCCGGGUUAAUGUUAACAAACUCUGCAACAAUUUCCACUUAUUAGGCAAAUGCACCGCCAAAUCUUCGUGGGUGAAGCCGGGUGGUGGAAAUCAGGGUGAAGGUAACUCUUUUGGGAUGUGGUCUGAAGAGCUUGAUGCUGGAUCUAAAGGGGAUGGCCAUCCUCAUAGUCAGCUACAUGAGAGGAUUAACACUACUCUUAUGCUCGACAAGCCUCUCAUCGAUGUUUGA